AUGAAAAAUUUCUUGGAGGAUCUGGUACAAGCUUCUUUUACUACUUUUGGGGAGAAAUUCUGUCAGCAGUUCUCGGACAGGUUGGGUAAGAUUGAGACUGAGGUUACACAACUCCGGACAGCUUCGGAGAGAACUGAGCAAUUUGAGACAGUUGUAACCGACAGAUUGGGGAAAAUUGAGGCUGAGGUUACACAGCUCAGGACAACUAUAGUGGUGACUGAAUUGGUGGGAAAGAGUGAUCAAGCAAGCGGUCCUAGCAUGACCAAAAUCAACAGUGGUCCUAGCACCAGCAAAAAAGGCACUGCUCCAUCAAAGAAAAAGGCUGUAAAAAACCAAGAGUUAAAGACUGCUGAUUCGUAUGUCAAUUUACCUCGUGCAAAAGUUACUCAAUCAUCAGCUAGUGAUCUUCGUAUGGGUACACAAGAGUUUUUGGAAAGUUGCAUGAAGAACCUUCCAUUAGACACAUUUGUGAAAGGUUUGAAUCCUUCUCAAGCUAAAGUCGAAGAUUCAUUGGAUUGGUUGGAACUUCCAAAAUCAUUGAAGAAGCCAACAGAUUCAUUGGAACUUCUAAAAUCAUUGAAGAAGCCAGCGGUCCGAUUAGAUGACCGAGAUAUAGAGCUAGACGGCGAAGAUUUCCCUGAUCGCUGCUUGGUGUUUGUGCAUCCUACAGAUUUUAAGAAGAUGCAGGACUGGCAAGAUACACGAACAGCUAUACAGAUUGGUCCAUCUAUGUUAGACGGUGAUCUAGCCGGACGUAUUAUGUCUGCCAGCAGUUGGCUUAAAAACUACACCAUGACAUGCGUCUUCAGCGACCUCAUUGCUAAGGAUUACCAGAAUUUCUGUAAGGGUAUUAAGAAAUACACUAUGGAUCCAUUAUUACUGCAAUACGGUAAAGGUGAACUGCCUUCCCAUGGAAGAACACGGAUGUUGUGGAAUGUCGAUGUGGAUCGGAUGUAUGUUCCUGUGUGGGUCAAUUGCAACCAUUGGAUUUCUUUAUGCAUCAGUUUUGUGACUAAGAAUAUCCAGGUGUUUGAUUGCGGGGGUAAAAAAAAAAUCAAGGAAGUGGAAGCUUUCGCGCAGCUUAUUCCUCGGAUUGUCAAGGCCGUGCAGUCAUUGACAAUACAGAAGCAUCUCCACAUCACACCGUACAAUGUUUCCUAUGUACCUAUGAGUGGUCUUAACCGACUUCAAUGUCAUUGUGGUGUGUACACUAUAAAACACAUCGAAUGCCACGUGCUUGGGUUGGACAUAUCUAUGGUGAGUGAUGAGAACAUCUGGGGAGCUCGAAUAAAGAUUAUGUGGGAUCUAUGGGAAGCAGCUAAUGAUCUAGAACUGAUUGAGAGAAUGUCAAAGUAUGAACCUAUUAAGUAUAGUAAGCCUGCCGAGUAUGUUGAGAUUGAUGAUUUAUGA